UGUGAUCUUUCUUCUUCUUGUUGUUGUUUUUGCUUCGAAUUUGCAUUUGUUCAAUUCGCUCGAGGCCAACGCGUCGACCAACCCGACAGAUGGGUUCUAUUAUAACUGCAACACCGCAUUCCACAACCUCUAACGGAAAAGAGAAUCUGCGUACUUGUGUUGUUUUGAUUGGUUUGAAUUCUAUCGUCGUUCUUUUGAGAAUAUGGGUUAGAAUCAGUCAGCUUCAAACUCUCAAAGGUCACGACUGGUUGAGUAUCGUGUCCCUGAUUCUUUUUUGCGCCCAAUGUGGUCUCAUAAUCGACUUUAUCGUCAGACAUGGCGCGUUUGAAACCGGCCCCCCUUUGACGCAUCCCGAGGUGGUCGAACUUCUGAGAAUGACCUGGAUCUGCGAGUUCCUGUUUAGCGGAAUUAUUACUACUGUGAAAUUGAGCAUCUUGUGGUUUUACUACUCAAUAUUCUCGGUAAACGAGACCUGCAAGCGAGCAACCUUAACCACAGCCGGUUUAUGCAUCCUGUGGUUCACUAUCAAUAUAUUUAUCAUAGCAUUCCAAUGCCACCCCGUCGACGCGUUCUGGACUGAGCUUGACUCGGAUCUCUAUUGCCUCAGUUCGACGAACUUCCUUCUGGGGUAUGAAACAACAAAUCUACUUCUGGAUGUGGUAAUACUCUGUAUCCCUUUCAGCAUGUUAGGAACGCUCCAGCUAUCUCUGACAAGGAAAAUCUCUCUCUUGGUUAUUUUUAUGCUAGGAGGACUCGUGUGUAUUGCAAGCAUCGUUCGCUUGACAACGAUAUAUCCACUUCCGGACCCAACCAAGAAUUUUGACUUUAGUGUCUUUAUACUAUGGGGAGAAAUACAGUCAGGCGUGGCCAUCCUCUGCGCCUGCCUCCCUACACUCGGGCCGCUCCUUACUGGUGAUUCCAAGGCCACAAGCGCAAUUCGAAAUUGGCACGGGUUAUCGGCGGCGAAUUCGAAUAGAAACCGGGGCGUCAGCGGAAAUCAAUCAAGGGGUCCCCAUCCGAACAUGCCAGUACACGAUUGGCCCGAAGUCGAAGAUCCGCAAGCGUCUAGGAGUUGGAUUCGUGUUGAUGAGAGCAUGUCCGAUACACUCCCUCUAAAGCCAGUUAAACAUUAUAGUGACAGCUCGACGGGUCGGGACCCGGAACUGCGGUAACUUGGUAGAUCCGAGUCGCUCGAUUAAGUUAACGACUUGAUUAGUAUGUCUAACGCCAGGGUCAGAAGGAAAGCUGGUUCUUAUAACUCUCCCUGAAAAAGUGCGGCGUCUAAAAGUAUCCGGCUUUACUCUGCAUGUUGGAAAGCGCUUGAUAAUAUAUGGGCGUAAUGUUAAACAAAGUUGCGUAUUAAUUAUAUAAUAAAUAUAUCCCAAGAACGUAUUCAAA